AUGGGAAAAUUCAAGAUUGGCUCUUGGCUGAACCGCAGCCCGUCGCCCGGCUCCGACGAUGACGGAAAGAAGCAAAACCGUUUAUCGUUUUCGGCUCUUUCUUCAUCACUAUCCUCCAAGCCCAAGGAGCCUCAGCCCGCUACCACGGGAAUCCAUACACCUCCUCCUGAUGAGCAGGGGCAGCAGACGUCAACCUCGCGGAUGAUCACGCUCGCGCAAAAGAUCGCAAAGGAAACGGAAAAGUUGGAGGCGUACAUGAAGGAGAACAACCUCCCCAUGCCAGGUUUCGACGUUGAUGCUCCCGCGGACUUCCCUAAGCUCCCCGCCGAGAUUUCAAAAAGCAGACAGGAAAUUAUUUUCGCUACCAGGGAGCUGGGUUUGCUUGCACAUGGACCUCGAGAGUCGCUGAGAUGGGGUGUUUGGGAGUUCCUUGAUGUCCUUGCCUUGCAAGUAAUCACUCACUAUGACAUUGCUAAACUCUUCCCUGCCACCGAGACCAUCGCCCUCUCGGAGCUCCAAUCCAAGACGUCACUGGAUCCCAUCAACCUGGCCCGCGUACUCCGCCUCGCCAUGACCAAGGGCAUCUUCCGCGAGCCCACCCCGGGCGUCAUCGCCCACACAGCUGCCUCCCGCGUGCUUGCCGAGGAUGGCGAUCUGCACGCCUGGGUCGCCUUCAACGGCGAGGACAUCUUCCCGGCUGCCGCCCACGUGCUCGAGGCGCUCAAAACCCACCCGGAAGCUACCUCGCUCACCCGCGCCGGCUUCCAGUUCGCCUUCGACACGGUCGAUAAGGAGCCUAUGUUCGUCACUUUCGGCAAGGACCCGGCGCGCGCGCGGCGCAUGGGCAAGGCUAUGGUCAGUCUUACCGGCGGCGAGGGUUACGAGGUCUCGUACCUGCUCGAUGUUGAAGGUGGCGGCUACGACUUUAGCGAGAUCGAUGCCAAGGGAGGCACGUUCGUGGACGUCGGUGGCUCGCACGGAUUUGUGUGCGUGGACUUGGCCAAGAAGUACAAGAACAUGAAGUUUGUGGUGCAGGAUACGGCCAAGACGGUGGAAAGCGCGCCCAAGCCAAUCUCCGAGGAUGGGCAGGUUGCUGGGAGGAUUGAGUUGAUGGCUCAUGAUUUCUUCCAGGAGCAGGUUAUCAAGGAUGCUGAUGUCUACUUCUUCCGCUGGAUCAUGCACAACUACUCGACCCCCUACGCCGUCAAGCUCCUCAAGAACUUGAUUCCCGCCCUCAAGCCUGGUGCCCGCGUCAUCAUCAACGAUCACUGCCUGCUCGAGCCCGGUCAGGAAAACCCUUGGGAUGAGACCGUCAUGCGUCGUAUGGACUUGGUCAUGUUGGCGCUGCUCAACGCGCAGGAGCGUACCGAGGUUGAAUUCAGGGAGUUGUUUAAGUCUGCUAGUGAUGGGUUUGUUUUCAAGGGGGUCACAAGACCCAAGGGAUGCCGGAUGAGCAUCAUCGAGGCCGUAUGGCGGCCUGACCUAGUGGAGGAGAAUAAUUCUUCUGCCGCUGCUGUUGCCGCUGCUCCUGCUACUCCUGCCGCUGUCACUGAUGUUACCACCGCGGCCGAGGUCGAAGCUCCUACAACAGAUGCUCUUGAGGAGCAGCUCAAGGUUGAGGAACUGAAGUUGGAGGAUCAGGAGGCUAAGUGA